UGGGGUGUCCAUACUGUGUUGCGUAUGAACGGACUUCAACUCUCUCCUCACUGUCCAGAAUGCAACCGCCCUGUGGAAAAGGCGGGGCAUGCGAUUGGCCGCAAUGUUACCAUGGAGACAAGUGGGCGUGGCCAAAAAGAGAAACUUCGGAGGUCAAAAAGACAGGCGAGAAGGGGGCAGCGCAACGUGGUGACAGAAACCAAAUACAUUGAACUGCUGGUCGUCAACGACAACGACUUGUUCCUCCAGAUGAGACAAUCCAUCUCUCAGACGCGGAACUUUGCCAAAGCGGUCGUCAACAUGGCAGACGCAAUUUAUAAGGACCAGUUGAACACUCGCAUCGUCCUGGUCGGCAUGGAGACGUGGACAGACCAUAAUCUGGUUGCCGUGGGUGAUGACCCCCUCAGCGUUCUGAAGCUGUUUAGCAGCUACAGACGAGAACACAUCAAGCAGCGCAGCGACACGGCACACCUGUUCAGUGGUCGGACCUUCCUGAGUAGUCGCCAUGGAGCUGCCUUUAUCGGAGGGGUGUGUUCAUCUACAAGAGGAGGCGGAGUCAACGAGUACGGUAACGUGGGUCCGAUGGCCAUCACUCUCUGCCAGACGCUCGGACAGAAUCUCGGAAUGUUGUGGAGCAGAGACAGAACCUCAGCAGGGGAGUUCAGAUGUCCUGACCUGUGGCUCGGCUGCAUCAUGGAAGAUACAGGUUUUUAUCUUCCCCGUAAGUUCUCUCGCUGCAGUCUAGAUGAGUACACACGCUUCCUACAGCAGGGCGGCGGGAGAUGUCUUUUCAACAAGCCUUAUAAGCUGCUGGACCCUCCAGAGUGCGGUAACGGCUACGUGGAAGCAGGAGAGGAGUGUGACUGCGGAUCGGAACUGGAGUGUUCUCGUGCUGGAGGAGCCUGCUGUAAGAAGUGUACGCUUACCCAUAAUGCAAUGUGCUCUACCGGACUCUGCUGCAACCUGUGCCGGAGCCCCUACUAUAUGAACAUAGAGCUGAGUGAACACACUGUGGGUGCGCUCCCAGAGUGA